AUCUUGUGUAUCUUCAAGCUGUUUUGUCUUCAAGUAUUGUGAAUGUGUUUUAUUUUUUUUUUUUUGUAAUACUUAAUGCCUACCUGUACUGUAUGUAGUGUGAGAUUUAGCUGUAUGUAGCUAAGUCUCACACUUCAGCCUAGACCAGGGGUUUAGAUGUGGUCUAGGUGCGCAUUUAUUUCAGCAGGAGCACUGCUAGUGGAUUGGCGAUUGUAAAUUGCACCUAGGCAUGAAUGAGUGUGUGAAUGGCAUAUUCAGGGCAUAUUCCCAUCUCACACCCAGUGUUGCCGGGAUAGGCUCCGGAUCCACUGCGACCAUGACCAGGAGAAAACCACUUACUGAGGGUGAAUGAAUUAGUUAAUUCAGUUUAGCUUAAAUUAACAUUAUAUUCCAGAAUAUAGAGUUUAUUUAGACCAGCAGAGCCCUUUUCACUCUAAUCCUUUUCACCCUUUUCACGUUUUUCUCCCUAAUUUGGUCACUUCCCUCCCAUCAGCCAGCUCUCUCUUACCUUCCAGAGAGGAUGAAAGUUAACACGUGCUUCCUCUGAGACACGUGAAGCGAGCCAACUGCAUGUUUGCUUAUGUUUCAUCACAGGGCAGUCUAACACGCUCGGAGGAGAGCACUAUCUGCCCUCUUCCUCAUACAUUAGCUCAUGAGAUGCCCAUGAUUAGCCAGUUUUGCGUGAUUGACAGGGGAGAAACAGUAUGGCAUCCUUCACCACUCAGGAGCUUCAGCAGAGCUCAUUUAAAUAACAGUAACUAUUACAAUUGCUUAAAAUAAAUACCAACCCUUUUUGUACACGUUUGUUUUCCUUAAUUUUUUUUUUUUUUUUUUUGAAAGGGCUUAUUACCAAACACACUUGGUCCGUUUUCUUUCUGCAGCUGCAUCUCUUUCAUUCCGUCUAGCAUCCUGACCUUUUUCCCAGUAAUACCCACAUGCCCGUGUACUGGCGUCCCCAGUGAUUGCGUGUUGUCUCGGAUCAGCCUCAUUAUGUGUGGGUGAGAUAAUUGAUGAGCAGUUGCUCCCUCCCCCAGAGAGCGGAGGUGGACUUAGAGCCAGUGAAAAAGGGCACGCUCGGGAGUCCACUCAUUUGGUCUGAGCAGCGCUCUCAGUCACCUGUUGGAGCUCACCUGUUCACUUACUCUACAUCUCUCACUCUCAGCACAAUGGACAGUGCUGCUGCUUUUCUGCACGUGUGGGGUUUGUUCGAUCCAAAUGAUCAUGGCUACAUUGAGGGAAAGCACAUGGACGAGUUUUUCCGGCACAUUGUGAAGAAAUUAGGGAUGACAGAUAAGCUGAUAGAGGACAGACUGCAGCGACUACGAGACACGAGCGCAGAAGGCCGUCUGCAAAUCCAUCAGGUGGCCAGCAUCAUCCUGCCGGAGGAGGAGAACUUCCUGCUGCUGUUCCGCAGGGAGACGCCGCUGGACAACAGUGUGGAGUUCAUGAGGAUCUGGAGACGCUACGAUGCUGACAGCAGUGGAUUCAUAUCAGCUGUGGAACUGAAGAGUUUCCUUGAAGAUCUGUUUGAGCAGCACAACAAGAGCAUCACGCCAGACAAACUGGAGCUGUACACCAACACCAUGAUGAAGAUGUUUGACAAAAACCAAGAUGGCAACCUGGAUUUAAAUGAUCUGGCCAGAAUUCUGUCCUUAAAGGAGAACUUUCUGCUGAAGUUUGAGAUGGAUGCCUGCAGUCAAAAGGACAGAGCGAAAGAUUUUGAGAAAAUCUUUGCCCACUAUGAUGUGAGUAAAACAGGAGCCCUGGAAGGACCAGAGGUGGAUGGAUUCGUUAAAGACAUGAUGGAGCUGGUCAAGCCCAACCUGAGCGGCACAGACUUGGACAGGUUCAAACAGGCCCUGCUCAGCCACUGUGACGUCAACAGAGAUGGAAAGAUCCAGAAGAACGAGCUGGCGCUGUGUCUGGGGCUGAAGCUUGCUCCCUGAAGCACAGCACACACACACACACACACACACACACACAUACACACACACACUCACAGGCUACCUGCUAAUGCUAACACUGUCUAUAUAACAUUUCAAGCAAUAAUGCAUGAGGAAUAAAUACUGCAUUCAAUGUUCAUUUAAACCUUAUUAACUUGAAAACUUUGUGUAGUCAGGUUGGUGUUUACUUUUAAAAAUCUCUUCGAUGUAUGCUGUGUGUUUUCUUGAUCCUUCUGUUGUGAUAAGUAGAUAAAUGUGAUUUUGUGUUACGCAGCAAAAGGUGUACUGCUUUUUAAUUUAGCGCUCAGUUAUUUAGCAAAAACGGCAGCAAGAAAACUGAGUUCAAAGUGUCUUCAACUUAAAAACAGCUAACAGUUUACUUCCUUUAAAGUUAAUACUGAAAGAAAACGUAAUGCUCAAAAAACCAUGUCCUGACAAAGAAAGAAAAUGUUAAUGCUAAUAUCAUGGCUUCAUUUUACCUUCGAGUUCUGCACGUCCUGAUCAUAAAGAACGUUAUUAGUAUGUUCCUGUAAGAACAUUUGGUUGUAACGUUCUGAAAAUCCCGUGCUAAUGGUUAGCUUGAAGAUGCUGUUAGAACAUCGCUUACUAAAUUAACUAAAAGAAUUUUUGUGUUAGACAAAAAAAAAACAAAAAAACUAACAUUACAGUAAUGUUAGUGUUAAACAACUUUGCUGCAACAUUUUUAGUGGUAGGAACAUUAACAUUAAUGUCACUGUUAACACUAAUAUUAAUUACACACUAAAGUUGUGUGUAGGUUUUUUGUUUGUUUUGGGUUUUUUUUUUUUUGUACAACAAACCAAACUGAAAAUUGUGUGUAGCUGUAUAGCAAAAUGACAAAGUUGUAAUAUUUGUUCAGCUGAAAAAGACUUUAUAGGUGAUAAAUUUCUACAAGAUUUAGUUAAAGUUUAAUUUACGAGUUUGCCCCCUGUGUAUUGUGUCUGAAGUUUGUUUCGUUGGUUUUGCACUGCAGCUACAAUGCUGAUCUAGCUAACAAGUAAUGGAAAAUCUUUUCCAUUAAUGCUAUUUCAAAUCUUUGUGUACUUG